GAACGUGGGCCUCCUCGCGAUGCAGCAGCCCUACCAGGCCAUGGCCGUCAGCGCGGCUCUACAGCAACAACAGCAGCAGCAGCAGCAUCACGGUUCUCCGGUUAUGGCUCCAACAAGCGGCUCGAAUGGCAGUGCUUGUAACGGUGGUAGUGUCGUCGUCGGCGGCGGCAAUGACCGUCGGGAUCACAUCAAGCGGCCCAUGAACGCGUUCAUGGUGUGGUCGCGCGCGCAGCGGCGCAAGAUCGCGCUGGAGCACCCCAAGAUGCACAACUCGGAGAUAUCCAAGCGGCUGGGUGCCGAAUGGAAGCAGCUGAACGAGGAAGACAAGCGGCCGUUCAUCGACGAGGCCAAGCGGCUACGCGAGCAGCACAUGAGAGACCACCCGGACUACAAGUACCGGCCUCGACGCAAGGCCAAGGCUCCGACGUCCAAGAAGCUGGACCAGCCUUACCCCAUGCCGGCGGGCACUUACAUGACGGAACAGUGCAGAGCCUACUUGCAGCACCAGCAGCACGGGCUGGCCCAAUUUCACGCGUCAAACGCAGCUGCGGCAGCCGUCGCAGCUGCAGCCUCGCCGCAGGUCUACACGAGGGACACGACACCUCAGCAGCAAGUCUCGCCGCCCUCGUCUUCGAGCAGCCCGGCGCUGUCGGGCAGCUACUCGCCGUUCCCUCCGGACGUGAAGCCGUUCGCGACGGGGCCGUACAAGGCACCCGGGGCUCCCGUGGACAUCGGACCGGGAUCCCUGUACGCGGAAAUUUACGGAGCGCAUCAAAAUUCGGCGCUUACUUCUGCUGCCGUGUCGGCCGGAUAUCCACAGGCAGCUGCCGCUGCUGCCGCCGCCGCGUACAUGUACGGCUGCGGACCUGGCUACGCUUCGGCCCAGGACCAGCGUCGCGGCCUGCCCAUCAUCUUCUAGGCUUCGUGAUACGUGCCCGAUAACUGGGACAAGCGCAUAUCUCCGUCGUGCCUUCUGCAAAGGACACCAGCUCCGUCUGUUGUGAUAUCUGCUCGUCGCACCCCCGGAUGCCUCCUGAAGCUGUUACCGCCAGCUGGCCACAAGGCAACGCUGAGAUGUUUGAUAGAUGGCCCAUUUUUAGCGGACGUUUUUCGACACUCGGUGUACAUAAGUGACCUAAGGAGUUUCACGAAAGUUUGCGUCCGCCUGGGAAAAUAGUGCGACUUCCAUUCGUAUAAGGGCAGUCGCAAUGGCCGGAACCACCUUUUGCGGGGCAGUCGAUCUGCCAACUACUGGGUUAACCGAUAGGCUGGCAGAUGACGGAGCAAUAACGAUAGUAUCGGUGAAAACAAAAGGGAACCUAACUGUACGUUAUAUAUGUACAUUUUAAUGGGGGAAAAUAUUGUGGAGAGAUAGGCAAAAUGAUGGACUUCGAUGAAUGUAAUGAAAUCGGAUUAGAUCCAGAAGGCUAGGUGACUAUUUGGUGCCGCCCUGUUUCAAGGGGGGUGCAAUGAAAAUUAUCGUAAGCUCAAGAACGCCUGUUAUUGAAUGCAGUGGUCGAUGCCAACUGUCAUUGUGGGCUUUCUCACUAAUCAUUUCACUAAAGGGGUAGCAAAUGUGUCUUACUGGUUUUGGCGUUUAUUGGUGAGCACGAGGACGCGGGUUCGAUUCCCUCUCGCAUUUGUGUUGGGACGAUUGGGUGAAAUACACGCUCGUGUCCUGUCCUCAGUCAGUCUAUCGGUUGAUCAGACGCCAGAAGUAACUUCUGCGCACGCGCAAUGCCGCUUGUGCUAUUUCUGGUUGGGCUAGGUCUCCGCAAACGAGGUCGCUUUAACCUAGAGUUACCGCGUACCCUUAUCGCUUCGGCCACGUGACCUAGCUUGGAGCACGCCAGCUAGCUGGCAAGGAAAAAUAGCAUAUGCGACGGCUGUCAUGUGGCCGGGACGUUAACGGUAUGCUAAAGCUCCAUUAGUGAGCUUUUCAGUCACGGCUCGCUGCCACACGGGAACUCACCUAGCUGUGCACUAAAGUGUCCGUCCUGUGAAAGUGGCACAAAACACGUACAAACCAACUGAUAGCGGUACGGC